AUGGGGUCCAUUUUGAGCCUCUCUGUAAACAAAUUGCUGCUCACCCAAGCUGCAGUCCCCAAAGCCCUGGCCAUAUUUCUGGGGAGAAGCCAAACCAUAUCAUUUACUGGCUGCCUUUUGCAGAUGUACCUUGUUUUCUCAUUGGGCUGCACAGAGUACUUCCUCCUGGCAGCCAUGGCUUAUGACAGCUAUCUUGCCAUCUGCUAUCCUCUACACUAGGGGGCCAUCAUGAGCAGCCUGCUCUCAGCACAGCUAGCCCUGGGAUCCUGGCUGUGUGGUUUUCUGGCCAUUGCAGUGCCCACAGCCCUCAUCAGCACCCUGUCCUUCUGUGGUCCUCGCACGAUCAACCACUUCUUCUGUGACAUUGCACCCUGGAUCACCUUGGCUUGCACCAGCACAUGGGCAGUGGAAAUUGUGGCCUUUGUGAUUGCUUUUGUGGUCAUCCUGAGUUCAUGCCUCAUCACCCUGGUCUCCUACAUCUACAUAAUCAGCACCAUUCUCAGGAUCCCUUCAGCCAGUGGCAGGAGCAAAGCCUUCUCCACAUGCUCUUCACAUCUCACUGUGGUGCUCGUUUGGUAUGGGUCCACUAUCUUUCUUCAUGUCCGCCUCUCCUUCAAAAAGGCCUUGGAUCUGACCAAAGCCGUGCAUGUGCUUAAUACUGUGGUGACUCCAGUUCUAAACCCCUUCGUCUACACUCUCCAUAACAAGGAAGUAAGAGAAACUCUGCUGAAGAAGUGGAAGGGAAAAUAA